UGAUGUCAGUACUUGUGUGCAGCUGAACAGUCAGGUUCACCAGCUCUCACACUCACAGCGGCUCAGAGGAGGCAGAGACAGCGGGGACCGUUAUUGAGGACAAUUGACAGCUUUCAGAGACUGCGAUGACAUCUCGCAGGUGGUUCCACCCCAACAUUACCGGAUUCGAGGCAGAGCAGCUUCUGUUGACCCGGGGAGCCCACGGCAGUUUCUUGGCCCGGCCCAGCAAGAGCAAUCCAGGGGAUUUUACCCUUUCUGUCAGGCGUAACGAUGAGGUGACCCACAUUAAAAUCCAGAACUCGGGCGACUACUAUGACCUGUAUGGAGGCGAGAAGUUUGCCACACUGGCCGAGCUGGUGCAGUAUUACACAGAACAACAGGAUCUCCUGCGUGAAAGGAACGGUCAUGUCAUCGAGCUCAAAUACCCUCUAAACUGCAAGGACCCUACCUCAGAGAGGUGGUACCACGGUCACCUCUCUGGGCGAGAUGCAGAGAAACUGCUCACAGACAAAGGCAAGGCUGGCAGUUUCCUGGUACGGGAGAGCCAGAGUAAACCAGGCGACUUUGUCCUCUCAGUUCUUACCAAUGAAGAGAAACAUGAAAAUGUGGAUCGCAAGACCAAGGUCACACAUGUUAUGAUACGCUAUCAGCAGGACUGUAAAUAUGAUGUGGGCGGAGGAGAGCGGUUUGAUACCCUUGCUGACCUGGUGGAUCACUACAAGAAGAAUCCCAUGGUGGAGAAAAGUGGCAUUGUAGUGCACCUCAAACAGCCAUUUAAUGCCACACGGAUUAAUGCCGCAAACAUUGAGAAUCGAGUGCGGGAGCUCAACAAAGUAGCAGACAACUCUGAGAAGCCAAAGCAAGGAUUCUGGGAAGAAUUUGAGGUUCUCCAGCAACAGGAGUGCAAACUGCUGUAUCCCCGGAAAGAAGGCCAGAAGCCAGAAAACAAGAGCAAAAACAGAUACAAGAAUAUCCUCCCCUUUGACACAACUCGUGUUGAAAUCAGGGAAAGUGAUCCAGAUGUCCCUGGUUCAGACUACAUCAAUGCCAACUACAUCAGAAGUAAGCACGAAGAGGGGCGCCAUAUGGAGGAGGGCAAAGUUUAUAUCGCCACCCAGGGAUGCCUUCAGAAUACAGUCAAUGACUUCUGGAAAAUGGUGUAUCAGGAGAACACACAUGUUAUCGUCAUGACCACAAAGGAAAUAGAGAGAGGACGGAACAAAUGUGUCCGUUAUUGGCCGGACCUUAAUGCCACCAAGGAGUUUGGGAAGGUGUUAGUGAGGAACAUGGAUGAACGUCCAGCACAAGACUAUAUCCUGAGGAAACUGGAGGUGACACGUCUGGACCGGAAGGAGCCUCUGAGGUAUAUCUGGCACUAUCAGUACCUGAGCUGGCCGGACCACGGUGUACCCAAUGAGCCUGGAGGUGUGCUCUGGUUCCUAGAAGAGGUCAAUCGCACACAAAGCACCAUUCCAGACAGUGGUCCUAUUGUCGUCCAUUGCAGUGCAGGCAUCGGCAGGACAGGAACCAUUAUCGUCGUAGACAUUCUCAUCGAUAUCAUUAAUCGCCAUGGUCUAGAUUGUGACAUCGACAUCCCUAAGACGAUCCAGAAGGUACGGCAGCAGAGGUCAGGCAUGGUGCAAACAGAGGCCCAGUAUAAGUUCAUCUACAUGGCUGUGCAGCAGCACAUAGACACGGCUCAGAAGAGACUGGAGGAGGAACAGCGGAAUAAGAUGAAGGAAAGGGAAUAUUCCAAUAUCAAAUAUCCCCAGAUGACCAACUCGCGAUCCAAACCCAGCAUUGCAUCCUCACGCUCUUCUUCUGUGAUGACAAAUGACGAUUCGUCGAGUGUGUACGAAAACAUACACUUUAAAAGCCCGCAGACGUCUUUUAGCAGCAACUCCAGGAGGUAAAACCAUCGGGAGCUCCUCAUUUCUGUUUGCCUCUUAUUUCAGUCAAAGUGUUGCAUCGUCAGCACCUGAAAAUCCCUUGGACGGGGAGGGGGAGGAGGAGGAGGAGGGGGAGUGGUGCUCUGACCGCAACCCACCACAGUGGACGCUGUGAAGAUGGCAAGCUUACUCCUGCUCAGCUGAUCCUCUCUGUCUGGAGUAGAACUUCUACCUCCAUGGAGAGGAGGACUCUGCAGCAGAGUGUCUGUGCUCAGGGCCUCUGUCCCCCAAACUUUCUCUCCACUGUGCCCCAGCUCUAUCUCUCUCUCUCUCUCUCUCUCUCUGCCUCUCUUUUAAACCAGUGAGUGCCUUCUCACAGAACGUGUCUGUAAUCUGUCCUUCCAAAACCUGCUGUUGCACUGUUACUAUUCUCCAAUCCCUAAAAUCCCAAGCUGAUUUAUGAAAUAAAACUAGGUUUUCUUUUGGCUGACAAAUAUUGAACACAGAUUCUACUCCUGACCUGAAAUGAACAGAAGCAGAGGUCAAAGUUAAGCUCUUUGUCUGCUUGUUGAAAUCACUCUCUUAUCUCUCCCUCUCUCCCUCUCUCUCUCUCUUACUCUCUCUCUCUCUCUCUAUCUCUCUCUCUCUCUCUCUCUCUCUCUCUCUCUCUCUCUCUCUCUCUCUCUCUCCCUCUCUCCACCUGUGGUGGUUAUUAAUUUGACCCCUGAGUGAUCGUAAGGACAAUUUCAUAACAGCUUCAGGAUCCAGAAGUGCAGCAGGGCAAGCAAAGCUACUUCUGCUCCUCAUUUUAUAAUUGGGUCUAAAUGUGGACUCUUAUUUUUCAUUUAAUUUUCUGCAGAUGUGACCAGUUGUGAAUGAGUUGCGCGUUGUAUCCUGUGCUGUUGCAAACAUCUGUUCUGUCAUUGUUCUGUAGUGGAACAUGAGAACAUUUGGACUUAUUCCUCAUGGUCACAAUCUCAUCUUACAUCUGAACAUCAUGCCUCCGCUACUCUCACAUUUUUAUUUUGGUCAGCUUCUUUUCAUUAUUUCUUCAUGUGUUUUUUUUUAUGCUGUUGGCGUCAUGGUUAUGUAGCAUAUGAAAUGUAUAUUUUUUAAAUAUAUCUAUAUUUAUAAAAGAGCAUACUAGUGGAAAAUACCCAUGUUUUAGCACAAUGGCCAGAGCAGCACUGUUUUUGAUUUGUAUCGUCGUCAAAUUUUGAAGUCGAAGAAACGAGGUUGAGAGGAUUCCUGAAUAGGUUGGUUGGAGGUGAGCUUAGCUGACCGCCGUCUCUCGGCUUCAUUUGUCUGGCUCUUCUUGUUAAUCAGCAGGUCUGAUGCGGUUCAACAUCUGUCGGGGGGAAAGAUCGUCACAAGGAGAUAAGGCAAAGGGGCCGAUUACAGUGGGCCAGAUGGCCAUCAGCCUGAGAUUGAAGAAUAGAUUUGUCUCCAAAAAGUAAUUUAGAAGAUGGCCAUAAUCCAAGCCUGAUGAUAGUGGUGGGAGCAAGCCCACGUCACUGAUGUGAUAAGGAAGACAGUGGUGUUGCGCUCCGCUUGCUGCUGUCUGGCAGAUUGUUCAUUAUUUUUAGCCUCCAGAUUGAGCAACAAAAUAUUUUACUGUGCAGAUAUGUUGAUGAAUUCUGGCUCAGCUCGUGUUAAACCGUCACGACCGUCAUGGUCCUUAUUAUAAAAAGUUGUUUUGUCUCUCACAGUAGGAUACUGUAAUAAUGAUAAUGUGUGAUCAUCAAGAAAAGCCCACGAGUGAGGGACCCCUGGUGGUGUUUGUGUGCUCUGACCAUUCCUCUUUUUCACCAGCACAAGUGUCCAGCUGACCUGGUCAAGGACAUUCACAGGCUGGACUCGCUUGUUUUCUUUAGACAUGCAUUUGCAACAACACUCUUAAGAUAUGUCAUUUAAAAUCCAACCAACACUUUCAUUUGAUUCAGUUACUCAUUAUUAAGGUACUGUUUCUCUUCAAUUCUGAGAUUUAUCUUGGUUUUGGCCAUUUUUCUGCCUGGUUUCAAACUUUGCCUGUUCAAAGUUGAUUUUGUAUUUUUAAUAAAAUUAGCUAUGUUUUAUUUAAUGUAUGUCAUGGCUGCCCUGUGUGUGUGUGUGUGUGUGUGUGUGUGUGUGUGUGGGUGUGUGGGUGUGUGGGUGUGUGGGUGUGUGUGUGUGUGUGUGUGGGUGUGUGUGUGUGUGUUGCAUUAGUGAACCGUGCGGCUCAACUUGAUGAAGUGAAAUUGAGCACUGUGUGAAUCCCCUGGGUUUUUUUUUCCAGUUUGAACUGUGAUCAUGAUCUGAUCGAGGAUAAAUGAGUUCAGUUGUAUUGUCUCUGUGUUUCUGAACUGUCUUGCACUGUGGAUAUAAUAAUUUUCUUUCUCUCUUUUUUUGUAUUUCACUUUGCCUUUGUUGUGAUUUGGUGAAACAUCAAUACUUGAAAGUGUGAACUUGGCUUCAGGCUGUUUGGAUGUCCACUGGCUGUGGGAGUGUUUUUGUUAGUGCAGGUUUUUUUGCCAUCAGUGUUGUUGGAUUAAUUUUUUUUAUUGUUUUUUUUCUGAUUGAUUGUUCCAUUAUUUCAUUUUGUAUUAUUUAGAUUGUGAUUAUAAUCGUUGUUAUGUCACUGUUGAGUUGAACUAGUGCACAUGGAGGUGUGCAGUAGUAACAUGCAAAUAUUGUUCUGCUUGUCCUUGUACAUUUACUUGACAUUGAUGGGGUUUGUUUUAUUUUAAUUCCUUGUUACUCUGUUGUUGGCAGUGUGGCCGAAGUGAGUGAUGAUGUACUGACGGCUCCCAGUGUUGUUCAGUGGAGAAUCUUCCCCUUUCCUCUUUCUCUUGCACUGUCCCUGCCCAAACGCCUUUUUGCUGUAUAGGCUGUAGGCAACUGCUGAUGCAAUGAGCUGCCAGAAAAUGACAUCAAAUGGUUUAUUAUAUAGUUUAAUAAAUAAAAAUAAAAAACUGUAUGUAA